CCCUCUGACCUAUAUAAUCUGCGCUCACUGAGCGCACAGGUUAUGGGGUAGGCCUAGCGCUGCAUGGAAAGUCUGCAUGCAUCUUAAUAGCCCACGACCCAUGGUGAAAGUUACACGUGUGUCUGUUCUUCCAGCUGAGCUGUCCUCGUGUCAUCGUGUCCUUGGGUCCUGGUGUACUCAACACAGAGCCGUGAAACUGACAGUGUGAGUAUUAAUCGCUGAUCGCCAUGUUCCUAACUCGGAAGUACACGCCCAGCACUUGCAGUGAGGACGUUGUGUACCAUGAAACAGAACAACAGCAUAACGCAUGCACGCAUGUCUCACUUAAUUCAUAUUAAUACACUCUGUAGACGAAUGUAUGCAUUCAUUCUCCACUUGCAGAAACUGGGCCGGACAGGGUAGUUGGUGUUCUACUUAGCUGUGAUGACAAAGGGAAAUUCGAACUGAAAGGUUGAUCUGAUAGGUAUCAAGAUGACCACGGAGAAGAGACGCUUGCCUUAUGCAAAGGAGUUUGUCCGGAGUCUGGUGGAGACGACCGAUGACGAGGAGCGAGUGGCUGAGGUCGAACAGUUCCUGCUGGAGACGAUGUCACAGACACUGGCGGAGGUGGAGACGCGGUUCAGAACGUACAUGCAGAAGCUACAUCAAGUGACAGGCGAGCAGAAUUCCCAGACGAUGCGUAGUACGAUAACCCGGAUGGAAAAACAGAUCAACUCGAGAUUCCACACAAAAGACUCCUUCGAAAAGAGGUCAAAGGUUAGUCAUAUACACAGAGAGGCUCUGAGGAACUGCUACACUUUGCUCACAAGUGACCUUGAACUCUUCAAAUCCAGCAUCAUUGAUGACCUUCUAGCAUCGGAUGUGAUGUCCGUGUCAGACAAGGACAGUAUCAGAGGUAAAGACUCGAGGAGAGGUCAGAACGAGGAAUUCUUCAGCUACAUCGUGGGGCGUCUGUCUUUUGAGGACUUCCACCGCCUCCUGCUGCCUGCCCUGAGGAAGGAUCAUCGUCACGUGGCGGAGGCGCUGAUCUCGGAACUGGACAGACUGGAGGAGGAGCAUGAGGAGGAGCAGUGCGUGGCCUGUAGAGCCAGGAGAUAUGUGCAGCUCAAAAGGGUGGCAACUCCUUUGCUACAACAAAAGAUUAUAGAAAUUCCUCUGUUUGGCGAUCUCAAGAGUUCUGGAAUGUCCAACAAUACCAAAUGGACAGAGCUUAGGAAAGAGGUGUCCGACAAAGACAUCAUUGCUGCCAUGGCUAAAAAGUAUCCUGAUCUACACAAGGAAUUUAAGCAACUGGAGUGUGACACUCUGAACUGUUCUUGUCCCACUCGCGACGUUCAGGACACUGGUGUUCCAGAAACACCAGAGAGAGUCUUCACUGCACAGGAAAGUGUCAGUGAAUAUGAGAGCUGCUUGACAGAUUCUUUUGAGAUCGAAGAAAUUGAAAAUAUAAUGGGUGAUCUGUCGUUCCAAACAGAUAAGUUUGAGGAAGAAUACAAGAUGACAGCUGUUCCUAGAGGCAUCUGUGUCAUCAUCAACAAUAAACGCUUCAAGAAAGGCUUCCCGACAAGAAGAGGGGGAGUGGACAUUGACGAAGAACAUUUGAGUGAAUUGUUCACUAAACUCCAGUUCACCAUAAAUUUGCAAACAGAUUUAACGUCAGUCGAUAUGAUGAACAAACUAAAGAGCUAUGCCGAACAAGAUCACAGCGAGUACGACGCGUUUGUUUGUUUUAUUCUCACAAAUGGUACCGAAUACGGUGUCGCUGGAAGCGAUGGUAAACUAGUAAAAGUGCAAGAUCUUACGUCAAUGUUCCACGCAUCAAAGUGUCCAACGUUAGCAGGCAAACCCAAAAUGUUCUUCAUCCAAGCAUCAAGAGGAGGCAAUUUCAUGAGUGAAUUGGUUCAGGAUGACAAGUCGGAUAUUUCAACUGCUGACGAAGCCGACAUUUUCAUUGGGCACAGCACCGUUCAGGGAUACAACAGUGCCAGAAAUACAAAAUAUGGCAGUUAUUUCGUCAGUGCUUUGGUCAGAACGUUAGACAACCACGGUGAUCAGCAGGACCUCUUGAGUUGCCUGGCGAUGGUCAACAAGGAUAUAUCAAGGAUACGAAUGGGUCACAAAUGGGAAACAUAUAAACAGGUGCCCGCCCCACAGUUUACUCUGACAAAGAAGGUGUACCUGACAAGUGAUCCGCAGUGGCCUUAUCCCAGUCUGGCGUCCACGGACACUUUAGGGGAGGAGAAUCCAUGAUUUUGGGGGGGAUUAGAGGGAGUUGGAUGGUUGGUUGGUUGGUUGUUUUACGCCGCAGUCAGCAAUAUCCCAGCUAUACGACUGCGGUCUGUAAAUAAUAGAGUCUGGACCAGACAAUCCAGUGAUUGAUAUCAUGAGCAUCGAUCCACUCAAUUGGGAUCGCUGACAUGCUUCAACCAAGUCAGCGAGCCUAACCACCCGAUCCCUUAAGUCGCCUCUUACGACAAGCUUAGUCGCCUUUUUACGGCAAGCAUGGGUUGCUGAAGACCUAUUCUUACCCGGAUCUUUCACGGGUCUUAGAGGGAGUACAGACUUUGCUGGUAUGGGACAAUGAAAGACCUUGAGAUGAUAAGUAAAAUCCCAGAUCCCAGGUCUUUAAGAGAAUCACAACUCACGGGGAAUUACUGGAAUCACAGAUCCUUAUAUUAUUGUGAGAGUCGCAGAUCCUGGUGCUUUUAUGAGAGUCGCAGAUCCUGCUGUUAUUAUGAUAGUCACAGAUGUUGAUGUUAUUAUCAGAGUCGCAGAACCUGCUGUUAUUAUCAGAGUCACAGACCCUGUAGUUAUUAUGAGAGUCGCAGAUCCUGAUGUUAUUAUGACAGACACAGAUCAUGUUAUUAUCAGAGUCGCAGAACUUGUUAUUAUGAUAGUCACAGACCCUGAUGUUAAUAUGAUAGACAGAGAUCAUGAUGUUAUUAUCAGAGUCGCAGAUCCUGGUGCUAUUAUGAGAGUCACAGACCCUGAUGUUAUUAUGAUAGACACAGAUCCUGAUGUUAUUAUCAGAGUCGCAGAACUUGUUAUUAUGAUAGUCACAGACCCUAAUGUUAUUAUGAUAGUCGCAGACCCUGGUGUUAUUAGGAGAGUCGCAGAUCCUGACGUUAUUAUGAUAGUCGCAGAUCCUGGUGUUAUUAUCAGAUUCACGGACCCUGAUGUUAUUAGGAGAGUCGCAGAUCCUGACGUUAUUAUGAUAGUCGCAGAUCCUGGUGUUAUUAUCAGAUUCACGGACCCUGAUGUUAUUACGAUCCUGGUGGUAUGGUCACAGAUCCUGGUGGUAUGGUCACAGAUCCUGGUGGUAUGGUAUUGGGAGAAUGACACUACCGUACCGGGUGGUUAUAAGGAGUAUAUUAAGAUCGCCAGAGAAGAAUAUAUGUGCGCUGUGUAAAUAUUCAUAUAUCAAAUGACAAGAUUGAAAAAGUAAAUAAAUGAAACAUAUGCCCAGUUUGCGACUGACUGUCAUCAUCAACAUUACUCAGGUGCUUGAAUACUGUCACCUCAAUCACAUAUCCGUGUCAUACCCACAUUGUGUUCAACAUUAACGACUUUCUCAAGCACAGGAUUGAAUACACUCAUGACUAAUUGAUACCAACCAACUGAGCAGCACGAUUGUAGGACAAACACGUUUAUAUGUCCUGCUAAUAAAUAUAUUUUUAUUA